AUGGGUCCCUCACGUCUCGCUUGCUCUGCCGCCGCAGGGUUCCCCGCCGACUGCAGCCGCCUCGCCAGCAGCAGCCCCAGCGGGGUGUACGUCAUCCAGCCGGCGCGGUCCCCCCCGCGCGUGGUGUGGUGUGACAUGGACACCCAGGGCAAGGGCUGGACCGUCGUCCAGAGAAACACUUACAACACGGAAACCACGUGGAACGAGUCCUGGACCACCUACAAGUACGGCUUCGGGAACGUGCAGGGUGAUCACUGGCUGGGCACCGAGUACCUGCACCUGCUGACGCAGCAGGGCACCUACAAGGUCCGCUUCGUCGUGCGGAAUAAAGCCAACGUCGCGUACGACAUCUUCGGCGUGGAGAGCGAGGCCAGCGGGUACCCACUGAGGCUGGGCCGGUUUUCCGGUGAUGGGGAUGACUACCUGACCAGCUACCACUCCAGGUACGGGGGCAUCCAUGACAACAUGAAGUUCAGCACUACCGACAAGGACCAGGACCUGUCCAGUGGGAACUGCGCCAAAAGCUACGGGGGCUGGUGGUACGACAGGUGCCAGAACAUCCUGCUCAAUGCCAAGAAACACAUCCUGUGGCCAGGAUUCUGCUCAAGUGCGACUGCGCAUCGUCCCUCAUCCUGGUCAAACCCACAGACGUGUGCUGACCAUGCCGCAGCGCCCAGCCUCCCGGGAGCUUGGGGCAUUGCCACCGUCCCCAGCUCAGUGCCCCGUUCCCGUGCCUGCCAACAGCCCCGUGCCAGUCCCGGUGCACGUCCUGCGCUGCCCGCAGCUCCCACGCUGUCACCAGCCGAAGCACAGCGGCUCUGGGCUCAGGAGCAAUGGCCUGGAGCCCCGGGCAGAAAGCGGGCCCUGCCCUGGCGCGGCUGCUCGCUCCCCGUGCAGGCGCGCCGCAGGCAUGGAGCAGGCAUCUGCAGGUUGGAGGGGUUGCUUCAGAGACAGGAUUCCAACGGAGGCUUUAACAACCGCUGA